AUGAUAUACUCGAUAGAUUUUUUUAUUCGUAUUCUGAAUUUAUCCCUAUUUCAUCCUUCAUUUGCAAUACUUUUUCUUUCUUUUGUAUAUCUUCAAGGCUAUGGCUAUUUGAGUAUAAAAAGUAGAAAUGGGUGGAAAAAAUCUAUUACUGAUUGGGAUGAUGAAGUUGUUGUUAUAACUGGAGAUAAUAUCAUUUAUUAUGAAUGUGAUGUGUCGAAACUUGAAGAAGUUCAAAAAGUUGCUAAAGAGAUUAUAGAGGAGGCUGGCCAUCCUACUAUUCUAAUCAAUAACGCUGGAACUGUUCAAGGAAAAACUAUUCUAGAAUCAUCUGAAAAAGAAAUAAUAGACACUCUCAACGUUAAUUUAUUAGCAUCUUUUUGGACCACCAAGGUCUUUUUGCCUGAAAUGAUCAAGAAAAAUCAUGGGCAUAUAGUAACAAUAGCGUCUGCUCUUGGAUUUAUUGGAAUGCCCCAAUUAGGCGAUUAUUGUGCAAGCAAGGCAGCAUUGAUCAGUUUUCAUGAAACACUACGUCUCUGCCCUGGAAAAAUCAAAACUGGAAUGUUUGAUGGUACAACUGUUAGAUUCCCCUUUUUAACACCUUCGAUGGCUGCACUUGAAAUAGUAAAACCUAUAAUCACCGCUCUGGAUAAAAAUCAGGGACAGGAUAUUCUUCUUCCAUAUUAUGUUAAUGGUUUAGCGUUGUUAAGGUUCUUGCCUCAUUUUGUACAAGAUCUUCUUUAUAGGUCAAAUGGCGGUCCUAGUUCAAUGUUAAAAUGGAAAGGUAAGUAUAAUAAUAAAGAUAAAGAUCAAUAA